AUGUUUACUUUAAAAUACUUUAGAAAGCUUGCUUUUGAAUGUACACGUGACAAAAAGAUUAGCGUCCGCUUUUUAAGCACAGAAAAUUAUACAUGUGGUGUUUCGAAAACAGAGUCGCCAUUAAAUUCCCACUUCAAACAUUACCUACAGUUGCCGCUGCCAGAGGAUAAGGUUUUUGCUACUUAUAUAUGGAUUGACGGUAGUGGAAUUACUAUGCGCUCAAAAGAUAAAAUUUUAGAAGAAGUUCCUUGUGAUUUGUCCAUGGUCCCGAAAUGGUCCUUUGAUGGAAGUUCGACGGGACAAGCAAAAACACACAAUUCUGAUACUUAUUUAAUACCUUCGGCUAUAUACAAAGACCCAUUUCGUAAAAACCCUCAUGUAAUUGUUCUUUGUGAAACGUACAACGGCGAUGGUUCUCCUACAUCUACCAACAAUAGGGUUCAUUGUGCUAAUAUUUUGAAUAAGAUAUCUGAACAAGAGCCAUGGUUUGGAAUAGAACAAGAGUAUACCAUGUUUGAUUCAGACUUGUGGCCAUUAGGUUGGCCAAAAUUACGCGGAUAUCCAGUAACAAAAGCACGAUACUCAUACUGUGGUAUAGGUGAGCACAUAGCAGGAAGAGAUUUGGUUGAAUGUCAUGCCAGAGCUUGUGUAUAUUCAGGUAUGAAUUAUGGGGGAUCAAACGCAGAAGUAAUGAAAGGUUCGUGGGAAUUUCAAAUAGGCACUACUUCUGGUAUUAAAGCUGCUGAUGAUUUAUGGGUUGGUCGAUAUUUACUUAAUAGAAUAGCUGAACACUUCGGGAUUAUCAUUAGUUAUCAUCCUAAGCCCAUGGGUAAAGAUCAUCCUGGCAUAGGCUGCCACCAUAACUUUAGUGUGGCUAAAAUGCGUGGUGAUGAAGGUAUAAAAGAAAUCGAAAGAGUUUGCAAAGUACUUUGUGAUAAACAUAAUACAACUAUGAAGAAAUAUGGACUUGAGGAUGGGGAAGAGAACAGGAAAAGAUUGACUGGAAAGUUUGAGACUGCAUCUUUCGAUAACUGCAAAUGGGGUAUUGCAGACCGCGGAGCAUCUAUAAGGCUUCCACGUUGCGUAGCCACCGAGCGAAAGGGCUAUCUAGAGGAUCGAAGGCCAGCAGGUGAUUGCGACCCGUACAGAGUUUGCACUGAGAUAGCAGAAACUUGUUUAUAA